UCCCAAGCUCCCAUCUCGGAUCAGCUGAUUGGAAUUUUCCCAAGUGUCUCAGUCUAAGGGAAAGGUGAAGGUACUAUUGCAAAGGGAAGGUGGCGGCGAUGUUGUAGUUGUAGUCGGUCAGUGUUCCCUGUAGGACUCGAGGCUCAGGAUCAUUCCCUGAAUUCUCCUAGGACUCGUGACGGCCCCUUCGUCAUCGCUAUGAACAGAAUCAACAAUAAUACGAACGGUUUCGUCAACGGCACGAGCAAGAUCUGCUUCCUCCUCCACCAAAGACCGAAUUGACUGGGACGUCUGUUUGUGUAGCCAGAAUAAAUUUAGUAUCAUGUUUGGGCGUAGCGUAGUCUUUCUGCGGUGGAAGAAGUCCCUCGUCCUCUGCGAUCCUUUCAAGUCGCUGCCUCUAACGGCCACAUUAUCCAAGUCCUCCCCCUUCGGGACCUGUGAGACAGGCUACAGCCUCCCGACGCUGCAGGAAAGUCGGGAGAUAUGGCGAUCCGCCGACGCCGUCUGUUUCGAUGUCGAUUCCACCGUCAUCACCGACGAGGGGCUGGACCAGCUAGCCAAAUUCUGCGGCAAAGCCGAGGAGGUCAAGAAAUUGACAAUACAGGCUAUGCAAGGAGGAAUGGACUUCAGAGACGCCCUCAGCGCCAGGUUAAACCUGAUAAGACCCAAUCUGGAAACAGUGCAGCGUUUUAUCAAAGCCAACCCACCCAAAUUAACCAAAGAUGUUGAUAAACUGGUAUCAGCUUUACAAGCACGCGACACAGACGUGUACCUGGUGUCUGGAGGAUUUAGGUCCCUGAUCGCUCCCGUCGCCAAGAUGCUAAACAUCCCGCUGGAAAACAUCUUCGCCAACCGAUUGAAAUUCUUUUAUGAUGGAGAAUAUGGUGGAUUUGACGAAGCUCAGCUGACGAGUAGAUCGGGUGGCAAGGCAGAGGUGAUAGCGUGGCUCAAAAAGCGCGAAGGAUAUUCCAGCGUCGUCAUGAUUGGCGACGGAGCAACGGACAUGGAAGCUUGUCCUCCAGCUGAUGCCUUCAUAGGUUUUGGUGGCAACAUUGUCAGGGAAUCAGUCCAGAAAGCGGCGACUUGGUAUGUUUAUGAUUUUGCAACUAUAAUUGAUGAAUUAGAAAGAGAAGAUUAGUGAUAUCGUUGCUCUCUUUGUGCAUUCUCGACCUUUGGAAGAUCUCUGAGCCAAGCAUGGUGUAUGGAUCGUAAUGCAGAACAGUAGGCCAGUGUGCCCCUACUGUUUGAUUUUGAUGCAUUGUUCCUAAGUUAGUCACUUAAUUAGAGUAAAGUGCAGUAAAAGUCUUCCGGUAAGUGGAGUUAUUAGCGACAGUAUCGUCUGACUAAUGUUCAGUUACUGAUGAACUUGUAUACCAUGAUAUGCUCUCAGUCUGAAGGUGUUGGCAGGGUCAUGCGUCAUAACACGUUACCUGUUCCUGCCUUUGCUGUGGCACAUAAUGAAGCAGAUACUUCCUAAUUUAAGGUAUCUUACAUCCACGACGCGUAUUGCAUGGUCGUAGUCAAGGGGACCCACUGUUCUUAUUUCUAAAGAAGACUGUGGUAGUUGUGUUCAUGGAUUAGUAAUAGUUUCUGUACUCUUCAGAAAGAUUAUUCCGCUCUAUAUUACUACAUAGUGAUUCUCAUGUACAAGAAAAAUCUAGAACUGUAGUAUUUGAGUAAGUGUUUGUAAUUUCAUGAUUAUAUAUAUAUAUAUUCUUACUGUAGUGUUAUAAAGUGACUGGGAAGUAACUUUGUGACUGCUGUAUUUUCAAAAGAAAUGUUAUGUAAAAGUGACCUUUCAUAACUGGCUGUGUGUAAUGUAGUAGUUUCAAUAGUAUUGUUCUGAAACCAUGUGAUUUUUUAUUCUUUUUUUUCAUUCGGACAUUUUUAGUCAUGUCAAUGACAAAAAAUUAUUUGAAACUCUGUAACUUCUUCCAGCCCUUUCGUUGUGAAAGUAGGCUAUAUUAACAAGCUGUGAUUUAGGAAAUUGUGUACUGCAAUGGUUUACAAACGUUACUUCAUGUGACAUCGUUGUAGAAUGUAGUUAUCCCUCCUUUAAAAUUUUGGGGAACGAGUGCAGGAGUACUUUGUACAAAUUUUUUCAACAUUUUUUUUUAUUGCAGUUGGGAAUAGUAAAGUAUAUGUAACAACAUAUUUUUCUUUCUUUGUUCAUCAGGAAUGGGAAGGAUUUUAUAAACUCUUUUACAGUCAAAACAUGACAUUGCAAAAUAUAUUCCUAAUAAAAACAUUUAUUCAGUUGCAAGUGUUCUGUACCUAUAUUGACCAAGUCACUUCCUUAAGGUAGCAGGAAGUGGUCUGAGUGGAUAACGUUAUAUUUUCGUAGUGUUGUGUGUUUUUUCUUAAGAUUAAAAAAAGUUGUACCUCUGUGGAAUAAAAAUCCAUUUUCAGAAAGAAAACGCUGUUGUACCUCUCCAUGUUAGUUUAAACAAUCUCUCUAUUAUACGUGAAUGUUGUAUGGCUUCUUAAGCGCAACCUUUACAAUAUAUUUAUCUGAAAAAAGGUGUAGAAGAUAUAUUUUUUUAUAUUGCAUCUGAUGUAUUUAUUUUUAGAAAUCACUUGUGAAUGAAAAAGGUUUUGAACUUUAUUCUUGAUUUAUCAAUCUGGCUAUAUCAUUAUAAAUGAUGUAAUACCCUUUUACAUGCAUCUUGUCUAACAGAGUUCCGAAAUGGCGCGUGAUUCUUGUUAAUUCGUUUAACCUCGAAAGGGUCUUGUGAAGCUCCCUUCAAAAGUAUAAAUGCUUAUAAUAUCAAGGAUUUUUUUCUUUUUAUUUUGUAAACAGAUUCGAGAAAAGCCUUGUAAAAGAUAACUUAAACAGCAUUCAACUUCGAAACUAACAUUAAACAAAUGGAAAUUAGAUAUGUGACUGAAAAGUGCCACCUAGAAAAAUCUUACUUUUAACCAAUAAAACAUGAGAGAUGAAUUGUCAUUAACAAGCCGACUUAAGGACCGUAGUUCUUCUAGAUGUCUGGUAUUCAGUGACCUAUAUAGUUUAGUUGGCGGUGUUCUUUAAAGUGCCAGAGACUACCUAAUAUCAUUUGUGAUGAACAUCAGUAAGAUUUGUACUCGAAAAUCACGAACUAUUAUCGUCAUUUGGAUUUUUCUGCACCAGUAAGUCUGCAGUGAAUAUGAAAUAUUCAUUUUAUAAUUUAAUAAAAAUGUACAAUCUU